AUAAUCGAUUUAAAAAGUGGAUCGAGAAAACAGCAUUCUGAAAUUUCUCUGUUCUGAUGCAUCCUGUGCCUUCAGACAGUUCAGUAUAAUUAUUCCUUUGUUGAGGCUUGACUGGAUAUACGUGUAUCCUAACCUUGCUCAAACUCAUGUCGAGGAAGAUGGUUUCGCAAAGCUGAUGCUUUCGCCAGAGUAAUCGUAAUUAAUUAUUAUUUGCUUCAUGUUUGUAGUUUCCUUGCAACUGGGUUGGUGUGCAUCAGUUACUCUGACAACAUGUCGAUGCGUCUACAAUCAGGCAGAGUGCUCAAGCUGGAUGAGGUGGUACAGCAGGGGUCCGCUCUGGACGGAAAAGCUGUUCGAACCAUUGGCAAGUUGGUUCAGCUAAACCCGGUGUCAUCCACUGCUGUUCUGUCAGGUAGUGACGGCUCACGACUGACAGUCAGUACUCGUCUGGUGGAGCCGUUCCCCUACCGGCUGCACUCUCUCAUACAGCUGAUCGGCGAGAUGGAAGUGACGGGCGGUGGCGAGUGUGUGAUUGUGCCACGUGUUGCGCGCUGCGUUGACGGCCUGGAUGUACGCCUGCACAACGAAGCGCUCGGCGUCUGGAGGCAGUUCCUGGAGAAGCAGCAGAUGCAACAGCAGCAGCAAGAUGAAAAUGAUGAACUCCCAUCUGACAUAUUUGAUAUGUGAGGAAGAGAGACGACGAUGAUGACAACGACACCAGUGGAUCACUGACAGUGGUAGAAUACCUCUCAGAGUCUGCAGUAGCUGGCUAUAUGUUGGUGCUGAGCACACACUCACUUCCACAUCCAAACCGAAGAGUAUUUACUGCCAGAUGCAAUGUUUGCAGUACCAAUCUACACAGCAUUCGCAGCAAGUCGUCAGUCAUCUCCGCACUGUGUGCAGGUUGUGUGUUAUGGGCAUGCUCUACAUCAACUACACUGUACAGACUGUACAGGCAUACUAGUACUAGUAGUGGUGUACCGUGUAGAACCCGGCUGCGCGUGUCAAGUGUCGAUGCAGUGAUAGUCGGCCGGCAUGGUGUAGAGUAGUGCAAGUGCGAGGACUGUUACUACUGCCACUACUGUCACAGUCAGUGCAGCUUGUGUAGUAACUUAUCCACUCCAUGUCUGUGUAGUAACUUAUACACUCCAUGUCUGUGUAGUAACUUAUACACUCCAUGUCUGUGUAGUCACUGGGCACACAUCCGCUGCCAACGUGAAGCGAAUGUCUUUGCAGCCAUCAGCAUCUACACACGCUGCUUAGCUACUGAUCAGCCUGAUCGUGAACAGAGUGGCACACACACACGCACUGGAAUAUCAGCAGCUAAGCUCAGUUCAAGCCACUGCUCAGUGCAACAGUCCACACACCAUGAAAACUGGGACCACCUGUUCAGAAACAGAACUGUGAUGGUGCAUAUCCACUUUACCAACUGCCGCCAUGACCAUCCCCAUCAAGAUGACACCAAUACCAGUGCUCUGCAGUUUAUUUAUCAAGUCCAGAGACAUAUUAUUACAGGGUGCGACAGAGCUAUAGUCAACACAAGUCCAGAGACACGCAUCCUAAAUCAGAUAAUCCAAGGGUGGUGGAUUUGGCAGCAAGCUAACAGAGAGGGCUGAUGUGCAACACGUGGCUCAUGACCGAUGUUUAGUAAUCCCUUGAGCUCUAACCGUAACAGUGAGUAUGUAUGUGGUGGUAGUGAUUUGAUUUUGUUAGCUGUUCCCUGCUUGACUCGUUCCUGUACAUGUAGUAUGACCAAAGGUAACGCUGCGCAGUAUUGAACUCUAUUUGCUCCACGGUGCUAGUUCCAUGCCUGUGGCUCAGGUUUCUGCUAACUGGACAGCACGUGUGCUGUCCUCUUUGGCGCUUCCCUGGUCAGAAUGAGCUGUGCUAUCUUUUCUCUUGUGCAUCGUACACAUGGGAACUGAAUUACCAGCACUGCCUACCUGGGUUUGGUCCCGUUCGACUGUGAUUUUUAUCUUGUGUGUGUGUGUGUGUGUUUAAAUCUAAAUUAGACCUAAGUUAGACCUAUAGCAUGUUUGUGAACAUGCUGUAUUUGGAAUUGUUUGAAGAGAGCUGUGCAGUUUGCAUUGAACUACCGUGUUACUUGUGUUCUGUAUUCCACAGACCCAUUUUGCCGAAAAUAUGACUUCGUACUUUUUCUCCGAUGAGUUUUCCGACUGAAAUUAAUUCUGGAAUAAUAAUCUCACCUCCCAGA